AAAUUGAAAAUUUAUCUAAAGUUUGAAACUCUGAUAAUAGCGCCAUCGUGUUUUAUUAUUAGUUCCUAGUGUACGUAAGCUGGAAUUGAUGGAAAGCGACGGAUCACCACCCCCUGCUUUCGGGCCAGCCGCCCUCGGAUUGCACCCGGUUGGGACAAAGUUUCCAACGAGAACUGCUUCGAAAAUGCCAGUUCAGGUGCUCAAUGCCCGUGGAAUGCCAGCCAGAAUAAGGAAGAGAAAUAAGCUGUUCUUCGACGAUAAUAUUGUGAACGACAAAGUUCCUGGCGUCCGUGCGAGUCCGAAGAAAACACCCAUAUCGAGCAAAAAGUCUUCCGUCACCAAGGGCACUCCGGGGAAAUUGCUUGGCAUUAGCCCUCGGAAGUUUGAUCAUUUCUCCCGAUCGAUUCAGAAGAAGAAAUAUUCGUCUCGCUAUGCCAAACUGAAGGACAGCAUGAAGAAACGGAAGAUCGACACGGAAGAAAAAAACAUCAUGCAAUCGAUCAACCCGAUCGCAACAUGGGAGAAAAAGAUGUAUCAAACGUUGGGUUUGCAGAUUAAAAGUCUGUUACGGCUGCGGCGGGCACACUGCUUCGUGUACUACGAAUGGUUUUACAGUGACAUCGACCAGUAUGUGCUCGGAACAGGAUCGCCUUUCCAGCAACUGAUGAAAGAACGCUUCCCACAGUUGAAAACAAACAAUCUAACUCGCGCCGAAUGGAACCGCGUUCGGGCUUCGUUUGGAAAACCAAGAAUAUUUUCUCGCGCCUUUGUAGCACAGGAACGUGCGGAACUGUUUAAAAUGCGCGAAAAAGUGCGCAUCCUUCAGGGAAACAAUCUUUGUGACAUUUCGUUCAGUGAAGGUUUACCGAAAAAUAUUCCACGCCGCAUCGCGGAUGGUACGAGGGUGAUGGCCAGAUUGUACGGAUCAUCCAACGACGGUGUGUUCGACGGGAUAGUUGAAGGAUACGCCGAAGAGGAACGCAGCUACCAGAUUGUAUUUGAUCGGCCGACCAUAAAACCAUGCCUCGUUCCCGACACAGAGGUCAGUUCCGUGACCACGACACCAACGAUUAAGCUGAACAGCAUCACGAAGGACUACAGAGAGGCACUGAAAGGGGCAUCGUUCCACGUAGCGCCACGGAUGACUAAGCGCACUAUACACGAUUUCCAAAAGAGCAGAUUCACGGGAGAUCCCCUGAUUGUGGGGGGUUCGAAGUACAGUGCGAAAAAAGGAAGCUUCCCUGGAGACUACAUUGGAGGCUAUCCCGUCACGUACCUGGAAUUGAUUGUUCGAACCAAGAAAACUGUUUCGGCCAAGCAGAUGAAGCUGCUGCGUUUGCAAAACAUGUCAUCGGAGGCAGAAAUAUACCAGGCGUAUCAAAAUCCGUACCCCGAAGAGUUCAAGCGACGUUACGCGAUGCUGAUCAUAGCGAUCGAGAAGCUCAACCGCGAUCUGGAAAAACAACUGGAGCAGCUUAAAGUGUUGGUAACACAUUUGACACAGGAUCCCGAAAUAGUAGCAAUGAUAAUACCGAGCCGCUUCCGCGAGCAGUGCCGAGAGAAGGCAAAUAAGGUGUUCGAUAAGCACAACAAGGGAAAUGUGAAGAAUGAGCAGAUCGCCGAUUUGAUUAAAAAUCUUGUAACAAUCCUGUAUCUUGCGUCUAGCGUGGGAACGAACGUCACGGAUAUCGCAAUGGAAAUGAGAGGAUGCCUCGCGGAAACAAGGGAGCGUUUGGAACCCGGAAAUGUUUCUAUGUUCAACACAAAUGUUGCCAAUCCUUUCAACUACUUACAGCUGACAAAUGGCAAUGUGCGAGAGGAUGUUAAGGUUAAGAAAGAAAAAGAUUCUUGAAAUGCUACGAUAUGCUUUCAAACCUUCAUUUCUUAGUUCGACCAGAAAACAAGAUAAAUAGCUUCACAAUUAGGACAAGAACAAGAAGAUAUCUUCACCAAACAAUAUUGGAAAAAAUGUUCGUCAUCAACUUUACAAAUGUGUAGCGUCAUAAUAUCAAACAACAGAGGUAUAUUUGAAUCGGAAAUUUAAUUUACGAGACACUGACGAUAACGUCUGUGCAGUCAUUUCUCUCAGGUUUAGUCAUUUAAAUUUUAUGGAACGGAGAAGACGUUGUGGUCCGUAGAUCAUUCGUCUCUGCUGCACAGUUUCAUUGUUUAGAAAACCCACAAAAUGAGUGCUCUGCCACUUGCUAAUAAACGACCGGUUGCAACUUCUAUGUA